CUGCUCUCGGCAAGCGAAGCACGACUAGGCGCCGCCAUGAGCUCCAUGCUGGACGUCCGGAACCUCUACCAGAACCUGCUCAACCUCUCGCUGAGCGAAGACCUGGACGCGCCGGCCUCCGGCUUCUCCUGCGGCCUCUCGGCCUGCUCCUCUGAGGCAGCGCUGCCCGGCAGCGGGGACUCGGCGCUGUGGCCCCUGCGCAGCCCCUGGAGCCCCAAGGGCGAGCAGCCGCGGCCACCCUUGCGCCCGGACCGCUCGGUCAGCCUGAUCGAAGGCAAGGCGGCCCACCCGCUGCCGCCGCCGCCGCCCGGCUUCCCGCCGCUCAAGCAGCCCGGCCUGCCCACCCCGUCGUCCCGCUACAAGACGGAGCUGUGCCGCACCUUCAGCGAGAGCGGCCGCUGCAAGUACGGCGCCAAGUGCCAGUUCGCCCACGGCUCGUGCGAGCUGCGCUCCGUCAGCCGCCACCCCAAGUACAAGACGGAGCUCUGCCACAAGUUCUACCUGCACGGCGAGUGUCCCUACGGCUCCCGCUGCCACUUCAUCCACUUCCCCGAGGAGGCGCAGGUCUUCGGCAGCCACGGGGCCAGCGGCGCCUCCCCGCAGCUCCUCCGCCAGAGCGUCAGCUUCUCCGGGGUGCCCACCGCCCGCCGCGCCUCCCCGCUGCCCGGCCUGCCCGACCCGGCCUCCUUCGCCCGGGCGCCCUCCGUGUCGCCGCCGCCACCUGCCUCUGCCGCCGAGUUCCUGUCGUCGCCCUUCGACCGCCUGACGCUGGACCCGCUCGCCCUGGUCUCGUCCUUCGGGGGGGACUCGCUGCUGGCGGCCCCCGCCGGAGGCUGCUGCUCCUGCCGCUGCGGGAAGCUGGCCGGCGGGGGCACCUCGUUCCAGAGCCACCGGGACUAUUUCUCGGCCGCCCCCGGGACGCCCCCAUCGGCCCUGCCCAGGACCCCCUCCGCCAACUCGCUCUCGGACCCCGACUGCUACAGCAGCAGCAGCAGCCUCAGCGGCUCCGACUCCCCGGUUUUCGACCAGCACCCCGUCGGCGGGCCGGCGGGGACCCCUCACCGCCUGCCCAUCUUCAACCGGCUUUCGGUCUCGGACUGAGCACCGGACGGGACGCUUCCAGCUUGCUGUCGAUUGCAAGGGAGGGGGCCGCCCUCUGGAUGAGAUCCCUUCGGAGGGGGGGGACCCCAAAGUCCUCCCCCCUCCCCAACCUGAACUGAUGCCAGCUGCUUUUCGGGGGCUUCUCUUUAAGCCCUCCUCUUGCCUGUUCUUUUUUUUUGGGGGGGGGGGGGGGGGGCUUUUUCUGCUCCCCCCCUCCCCGCCUUC